UCAGGGAAAAAUAACCCUAGAAAUGUACGACAAUAUUUGCUCUUGACAGUAUAAUCCCCGUCGAAACCCUCGAAAAUUCUCAAUCAAUUUCAAAGCGUAGCCCGAUCAGCCAUGAAAGUCCGAUCUUCAGUGAAGAAGAUGUGCGAGUUUUGUCGUACGGUGAAACGCCGCGGACGCGUUUACGUGCUUUGCACUGCCAAUCCCAAGCACAAGCAGCGACAAGGCGUUUCGACUCUUGCCUAUGAAGGUCCUCUGCCUUCACAAUCCUCAGGGACAGUUUCCAAGCCGGAGGUGAACGUCAAUCAAGGCGUGCCAGUAGGUCUGGCAUCUCUCAUACCCAAAAAAACUGAGCCCUCGAUGACCCUCGGAUGGAGAAUGGGCUUGGCAUCUCUUCUUUUCAAAAGGAGCAAUUAGAAGUAGAACUUCAAAUGGGAAAGGUCUACAGCUAUAUAUACAUCAGUAUUAGUGCCUCAUAAUUUUGCUACAUUCUUUCUGUUGCCUAUCAAUGUUUCUUGAAUCAGCUCCAAUUUUCUAUCACUCUAUCGUUAUGGGAAAUAAAAGUUUUGCUAAGCCGUUUGGAGAAUUUCCCCGCCUGCAA